AGAGAGCUCCCAAAUGUUUGUUAUGAAAAUGAAAAGUAAAAUCAGAGCACACAGAUUGGUUAUGAGAGCAAUUUCUCUUUUUGUGUUGUGGGGAGAGUGAGAGUGUGAGAGCAAUGUGAAGCUUAACCGAUAUCGUGUUUUGAAAAACAAAAGUAAAACUCACUAUGCCUCCAAGCUAGCUUACUAGCUGGCUGGUUGGUUGACUGCUUGCCUGGCCACCACACUGUUGUAAUCAAACCAGCUUUUCUUGUAACCAAACUUGCUCUAGCUCUGUUGUUUGUGCAACUGUGGUUUUGUUUUCUGUUGUAGUUGUUGUUGUUAUUAAACCAUGGUUAUAACGACGAUGAAAGCUUUUUUUGGUUAAACUUCUUCAGCUGUUUGCGCUGCUUGGCUGGCUGGCACUACCGCUAAUUGAAAAUGAAUUUUUAGUCUGCCACAAGUCUGGCUCGAAAACGGUUGUACAAAGACGCUUGGUUCUUCUUCUUUUCAUCAUCGGUUCGCACGUUCGUUCGUUCGCUCGCUUAUGUUAUUUUGUAUGUCAAACGACCGUUCGUCCGCAUGCCCGUUUCUCCGCUUGUUUUCAUUUCGAAAUUGAAAAAGCAGCACGAUUGAACACCACAAGUACGACGUACGUGUUUCUUGGAUGCGGUCGCGUGUUUCUUGUGAGCAUUGAAAGGAAAACAGCCAAGAAAACGAAAAGAAAAUUCCAAACAACUUUCGCAUUCAGUUCAAAAUACAGAUCGCGCGCGCGCUCUCUUGCUCUACUCCUGUGAGUGUUGUGAUCGUGAGUGUGUGUGUGCUACGCUUGAGAUCCGUCUGAAAAUAAGAAAAAAAUAUACUUUGCGUACCAAGAUCCGCAUUUUGUUGUGGACUUUCAUGUUUGGAAAAGAAGAAACCUAGAAAAAGAAAAAAAAUAUUUCAAAAAAGAAAGAAAGAAAUUUUCAAUGAUAAAAUAAUUUGAAAAAAAUAAUUAAAUAUUGAAAAAGAAAAUAAAGAAAACAGUGCUAAAAUGUUAAAUUAAUAAAAAAAACAACAACAACCUCAAAACAAAAUUUUAAAAUUGAAAAAAAAACAAGAAUUUCAAAAAAAUUGAUUUCAUGAAUGUUUGUUACGCUCGGCAAGCUUAUGAAACUUGCAACGCCGUAUAACAACAACAACGACCAGGAUUAUGAGACCCAACACAGGCCAACCCUUAACACAGCAGCAGCAUCCGGCAACGUUACAACACCACCAGCAGCAGCAGCAAUAUUUGGACAGCAACAACCAUAAACAUUUACCACCUCCACAAUCGUCCACAUCUUCAUCAGCAGCAGCAGCAGGGGUGUAUGUGCACCAAGGAUUAGCACUACCACCAACACCCUCAUCUUCCCAACAACAGCAAUCCAACUCCAAUUCCUCGCAUCACCACAACGUACCUGGAAGCUCCUAUUCACAACAUCCCCAUCAUCAACAUUCAACGCCACCUGGUCCCCAUCAUCCACCUCAUCAUUAUCCAACACUACAUCACCAUGCUGGUGGCCAUCAGAUGGCAGGUCCUCCUGGACCGCCUCAUCCCUUGUGGAAUCAUGCAGCAUGUUAUUCGGGACAGAAUUCCACAAAUCCCCACAUGAAUGUACAAAGCAAUCGGGGCCAAUUUCAACUGGGACCACCACCCCCAAAUUCGCGUCACCCCUAUGGUCCACCUCCACCCCAACAGCAUCCAGGACAUUUACAAAAUUCCCAGCAACAUCCCAAUUCCCAAUCCCAUCAUUUGCUACAUGGUGCACAUGGUCAUGGCAAUUAUGGAUCCCAAGGACCGACCCCCAUACCCGGCAGUCACGGGGAACGCAUACCCCUGACACCCCCCAAUUAUGCCAAACUGCCACCUCUCUCUGCUGUAAAUCAGCAAAGGAUCAAUGAAUGUGCCGGCAUACCGCUGAUAUCCACGGCCACUGCCCAUUUGACUCCAGGCCAGAGGCAAAGGAUAUCCCGCAAGCAAUCCCAUUCACCACCUGGGAAAAAUUGGACCCAUAUCUUGGGCGCCAACAAUGGAAAUGCCCAAUAUGCCGCAGCACAAUUUGCGGCGGCCCAUGUCCAGGGAGCCCCCUUGAUGAUUGGCAGCAACAAGCCGACACAGCAGCAGCAACAACAACAGAAAUCUAUGGCGGAAUAUUGGUCUUCUCAAAACUUCAAACAAAGGGCAGGACAAGGUCCUCAUCCACCACCCCCCUCUACAUCAUCCUCCUCCUCAUCUUCGUCAUCCUUUGGGAAAAAUGAUAAAUUACGGACGCCUUUGCGUUAUCAAAAUUCUGCCCCAGCGGCCCUGAGUUCCUCCAGGUCCAAAGAAAAUUUGGUGGGACAACAAGUGAAAUCUUCUCAAAAGGAAGGGGAAAAUUCGCCGACAUCUUCCUCCUCCUCCUCCACUUCAAAUUCCGGAGAUGCCAAUGGCAGCAGCGGAGGAGAUACCUGUUUGCCCAGGAUAAUCAAGCCACGGAAGCGCAGAAAGAAGGACAGGAAGCCAAACAAUAAUCUGGUGAAUGCCGUCUAUUUGAAAAUGGAUGGUAAAUUGGCCCAAGGGAGCGGAGCAGGAGUGGGAGGAGCCGGAUCACAAAAUUCCCUGGCCAAGAACAAAUCAUUUAAAUCCUCCGAAGAUCUGCUGAAAUGCCUGGAGAAAUUUUCACAAAUCUCCAAUUUGCAGCAGGAACAAAGCGGGGAGAGAAGGAGGGAUAUUACCAGGUUCCAGGACAGGAAUUCCAGGAAUUUGGAGGAAAUUGUGGCGCCCACAAGUCCCACCUCAAAAACUUGCCAUGGUGGAGACUUAAAUCAUGGCAUUUGUUUUUGCAUGGAAUGCGAUCCGCUGAAAUCCAUUUGGGAUUAUCCUUUACGCAGAUCCCUCUCCGAUUCCAGUAGCUCAAGUACCAGUGGCACUGGUUCCCUGAGUGACAAUCAGGCCAGUGAAAAUGAUGCCCCAGACAAUUGUUGGCCCAAAAGUAGAGCGGAAAUUGUGGGUGUCAUUGGCUCCAAGAGGAUUGGCAACAGCCACAACAACAAAAAUCAAAUGCCUUUGAAGCCAUCCAACCCAGAACCGCUCAAAGAUGAUUUGUCUUUGUACAACAACAACAUUUUGGGAGGCAUAAAUUUAAGCAGUGAUUUAUUCAAAUCCUAUGGCAAUGCCAACCUAAAGGCAACGGCGGCAGCUGCAUCCAAUGCUGCUCUGGAGGAGUGCCUUGCAGCAACAUCACCCACGGCCUUAAUGCUGCUGCCGGAGACAGCGGAGACACUGUUGACGCGUUCCAUAAAUGAAAUCUCCAAGAAACUAAUAGAAACGUGCUCCAAUGAAGGCAAUGAGCUGGUGGCCUUAUCAUCCUGUAAUUCAUUGUCUUCGUUUUCCAGUGCAAGCUCCUCGUCCUCGUCCUCAUCGUCUUCGUCCUCGGCAAAUUCCUCAUGCGGUGCUGUGGAUUUCUCCAGUGACAGCGGUAUUGAGAGUGCCCACAUUAAUGGAGGCGAUGAUUUAGUUUUCAGUUUUGAUCAUUUGCAUAUUGCAAAGGCAGCGGGCCACAACAACAACUCCUCCUUUUCCACCAAAUCCUCCUCAGUAUGUGGCAACAAUUCAUCAACAUCAGCAUCAUCGCCCACAGCCUCGAAAUUUGUAAUGGCAACAAAUUUUCUAACAUCGCCAACAAUGCCGGCUGCAACACCUUUGUCACCCUCCGCCCUCGGCGUCACCACAAAGUCACAAAGUUUUGUGGCAACGACAGCACCCACCAAUGGUGGUUUGGAAUCGAUUUUACUGGAUUUGAAUAACAAUCAAAUCCCCAAAGAACAAAAAACCAUGGAGGAGUCAGAAAAUCAACAACAGCAACAGCUACUAAAGUUCAAUGGCCUGGCUGUUCCAUCGUCGCCGUCAUCAUCAUCGCCUCCACUAUUUACAGCUGCACAAACGGAUCAGCAGCAGCAAUUUUUUAGCAAUUGCUUUGAACUGAUAUGGCAACAGCAACGGCAGCACAAUAAAUUGGCAAAUCAACAUUCGGAACAAUUAUUUGCCUUAACCUCCUCCUCCACCUCUACGUCAACGUUUGUGGAAAAUGUGGGAUCACUGAAAACAGUAUUUUCAACAAUAUCGUAGAUUUUCAGACAGCUGUAAUUAUUUUCAACUAAAAAAACGAAAACAACAAGAAAAAUGAUGUGAUUUUUUGCAAGUGAUAUAAACCUAGGACUGUGGGGAGGGGAUGGAGGUUAAAAUGGAUUUAAAGUUACGAUUAACAAGAAUACCAGUAUUUGUUUCGAAAAAAUAAAAUGGUGGAAGGUGGUUGGAAGCUAAGGAUCAGCAGCAGAAUAAUGGUACUUUAAUUGUGGCAGCAAAAUCAUGGGAGUCGAGGGACCAAAAUCUUGAAUCCUUUGAAUUCGAAGGAUCAGAAAAUAUCUGACUAAAAAUAUAAAAAUUUUUUGUCACUCGAAGGACCAAAAAAUCUGGAAGCAAGUAAAGAAUAGAAAGCAGAAUAUUGGUGUUCUUUUUAUGUGGCAGUAAAAUAAUGAAGUCGAAGUACCAAAAUCCAACGAAAAGAAGGAUCAGAAACUUUGAAUUCAAAGGACCAAAACAAUUUAAUUUCUUCACCAUCGAAGGACCAAAUUUCUAGCAUUUCAUCGGCAGUCGAAGGACAAAAAAUUUGAAUACUUUUAACAGAAAUGCCAGUAUUU